AUGGAUCGUCAGUCGGCGCAGCUCGAAAACUUUAUACUCAAUUUCAGACUCGAGAACCGGUUCAUCUACAGAGAUCAAGUGCGAGAAAACGCCCUCCUCAAGCAAUACUAUUGUGAUAUCAACAUCAACGACUUGAUCAAUUACAAUGAAGAGCUGGCGCAUAAGCUCGUCAACGAGCCCGGCGAGGUCAUCCCUCUAUUCGAGUCAGCGCUUAAGAAGUGCUCGAUGCGCAUCAUCUUCCCCCUUGAAGGCAAGGUCGAGCUUCCCGAACACCAACUUCUUCUCCACUCCGAUGCCGACAACACGUCCAUCAGAAAUCUUGACUCCAUGACCAUCUCGAAGCUUGUGAGGGUUCCCGGUAUCGUCAUCGGCGCCUCCGUUACCUCCUCCAAAGCGACCCUUAUCGUCGCUCAGUGCCGCACCUGCCAGCAUUCUCAGACGAUACCCGUCACCGGUGGCUUCACCGGUGUGUCCCUGCCUCGCAUGUGCUCCAGGCAGCGCGUGCCCAACGACCCGACCCCCAAGUGUCCGAUGGACCCUUACUUUGUCCUCCACGAGAGGUCGCAGUUCGUUGACCAACAAAUUAUCAAGCUCCAGGAAGCUCCGGAUCAGGUACCCGUCGGUGAACUUCCCAGACACGUGCUCAUCUCGGCAGACCGGUACUUGACCAACCGUGUGGUCCCAGGAUCGCGAUGCACCGUCACGGGUGUCUUUUCUAUCUACCAGAACAAGAGCUCGCGAAACAACUCUACGAGCGGUGCUAUCGCCAUCAGGACCCCAUACCUGAGGGCCGUUGGUAUCCAGACCGACCUAGACAAGACGGCCAAGGGCAGUUCCACGUUCACCGAGGAGGAAGAACAGGAGUUCCUCGAGCUCAGCAGGCGGAAGGACAUCUAUGAAGUUCUCACAGAUUGCAUCGCGCCCUCCAUCUACGGCAACCGCGAUAUCAAGAAGGCAGUUUUGUGCGACAUCAACGUCCUCCUCCUCGGUGACCCCGGUACGGCCAAGUCCCAGAUCCUAAAGUUUGUAGAGCGUGUGGCCCCCAUCUCCAUCUACACGUCCGGCAAGGGUUCGUCUGCCGCCGGUUUGACGGCCUCGGUGCAACGUGACCAGUCGACGCGAGAGUUCUACCUGGAGGGCGGUGCCAUGGUGCUCGCGGAUGGCGGCGUGGUCUGCAUCGACGAAUUUGACAAGAUGCGAGACGAGGACCGUGUGGCCAUCCACGAAGCCAUGGAGCAGCAGACCAUUUCCAUCGCCAAGGCAGGCAUCACCACCAUUCUCAACUCGAGGACGUCGGUGCUUGCGGCGGCCAAUCCCAUCUUUGGAAGAUAUGACGACAUGAAGUCUCCCGGCGAGAACAUUGAUUUCCAGACCACCAUCUUGUCUCGUUUUGAUAUGAUCUUCAUCGUCAAAGAUGAGCAUAGUCGAGCAAAGGAUGAGAGUCUUGCCAAGCACGUUAUGAGCAUUCAGAUGGGUGGUCGGCGGGUGGAUGAUACCUCCGAGGCUGAGAUUCCAGUUGAAAAGAUGAAGCGAUACAUAAGCUACUGCAGGUCACGCUGCGCCCCGCGCCUCAGCUCUGAAGCCGCCGAGAAACUCUCUUCCCACUUCGUCUCCAUCCGGCGACAGGUCAAGUCGGCGGAGAAGGAGAUGGAUGUCCGCUCCUCGAUUCCCAUUACGGUGCGUCAGCUGGAGGCCAUUGUCCGCAUAAGCGAAGCUCUAGCCAAGUUCACGCUCUCACCCGUGGCGACCGAGACGCACGUGGACGAGGCCAUCCGCCUGUUCCUAUGCUCGACCAUGGACGCGGUGAACCAAGGCAGCAAUCAGGGCAACAGGGAACUCAACGAUGAGGUCAGCAGGCUAGAGGGAGAGCUCAAGAGGAGGCUCCCCAUCGGCUGGAGCACGAGCCUGGCGACGCUUAGACGCGAGAUGGUGGAGGGCAAGGGAUACACGGAGCAGGGGCUAAACAGGGCGCUGCUCAUGAUGCAGAGGAGGGACACCAUCAUGUUCAGGAACCAAGGCCAGCAAGUGUACAGGAAUGCGGUCUAA